UGAAGUGGACGUGUAGUGAAUUGGAGAUGUACUGAGGUCUUAUUUGAUUUUCAAGUUAUGUAUAUUUAUUUGUCAUAAGGAACAGUGGAACUUAUAAUCAGUUAUUUAUUGUAUUUAAUUACAGACUUUUAAAUGUGUGAUUUAUACAGUUGCUACUAUAGUGGUUUUCAAGUGUAAAUUAGUGAAUGAUUGUGGUGAUAUCUUCAAACAAUCAGCUAAUUUGCAGUUUCCGACAAAACAAUUCAUAAUUUGCUACAACAGGCAACGAGAGGAAAGGCUAAACAAGCGCUGAAUGCAUAUCGUCACGUAAACAAUACAUUUGCUAUGGAGUUGUGGUUUAGAGUUGUUUGAACGGUAGCCGAUAUGUGGAAGACUAUAGUUUUGCUGUCGCUCGCUGCAACAGUCAGCGCCCUGCUCGAAGGACCAAACGUUUGCACCAGACAGGAGACGUAUACGACAACAAUCAGAGUAUCCGAGCAGAAACCAUUUCAAGUUAAAGAAUACGCCUGGUGUUUCAAUGUACCCCCACGAUGUUCCAAAUACAAGAUCAAGUUCAAGCAGGUUUUGAAAACUCAGAUUCUGGUGAAACAGAGGCCAGUCGAAGAAUGCUGUGAAGGUUACGCGCCGGAUUCCGAUGGGAAGCAAUGUGCGCCUGUGUGCGUCGAGUCGUGUGUACACGGGAAAUGUGUGGCGCCGAAUACGUGUGCGUGUUCGCACGGAUAUGGGGGACCCGCGUGUGAUAUAUCUUGCCCCGAUGGUAAAUGGGGUCGAAACUGCCAAAAUGAGUGUCGCUGUAUGAAUGGCGGUACGUGCGAGCCGCUGACUGGCGAGUGUGCGUGCACGGCCGGCUGGCGCGGUGACGCGUGCGAGAAAGCCUGCGCGCCGCCCACUUUUGGUGACAACUGCGACCAGAAGUGUGAGUGCAAGAACAAUGCUACGUGUAAUCCUGCGAGUGGAGCCUGUGAAUGUUUCCAGGGUUUCACUGGACCUUUAUGCGAGGAGAAAUGUCCUGUUGAUGAGCCAUGCCCGUUGCGAUGUCGCUGUCAGAAUAAUGGGAAGUGCAACUUCUUCACCGGCGAGUGUGAGUGCACCGCCGGCUGGACCGGCGAGGUGUGCGCUAACAAAUGUCCCGCUGGUAGAUGGGGUGAUAAGUGCGAAAAGACGUGUGAAUGUGCCAACGGUGCUGGAUGCCAUCAUGUUAGUGGAAAAUGCCAGUGCGAAGCUGGUUUUACAGGAGAAAAGUGCCUGGAGGCGUGUCCGCUGGGCACGUUCGGCGUGGAGUGCCUGGGCGCGUGCGCGUGCCGGCACGGCGGCGAGUGCUCGGCGCGCGACGGCUCGUGCGCGUGCCGGCCGGGCUGGCGCGGCGCGUGGUGCGAGCGCCGCGCCUGCCCCGACGACACGUGGGGGCCGCGCUGCGACCACGACUGCGAGUGCAACCCCUCCACCACGGACAUGUGCGACCCGUGGACCGGCGCCUGCGAGUGCUCGGCGGGCUGGGUGGGCGAGUUCUGCACGCGCCAGUGCCCGCUGCUCACGUACGGGAAGGGCUGUCGCGCCACGUGUCGCUGCGAGAACAGCGGACACUGCUCGCCCGUCAACGGCUCGUGCCUGUGCGCGCCCGGCUACCGCGGCCUGCGCUGCGAGGAGCCGUGCCCCUUCCCGCUGUACGGCGACAACUGCGCCGACACGUGCGACUGCCACAACAACGCCACGUGCUCGCACGAGACCGGCCAGUGCGACUGCAAGCCCGGUUUCGAUGGCUUGAAAUGUGAUCGACCAUGCAAUGGAAAAACCUUCGGCCACAGAUGUCUACAGCCUUGUGAAUGUGAGAACGACGCUCCUUGUAACCCUGUCAAUGGUGAAUGUGUAUGCAGUCCAGGAUACGAAGGCGUGCGCUGUGAGCGUCGCUGUCGUAGCGGUUUCUACGGACACAACUGUUCCUUGCCCUGCGACUGCUCCGCCAACGCCGUCGGCUGCCACCACGUCACCGGAGCUUGCAUCUGUGAAACCAGUUGGAGAGGCGUGCGAUGCGAGACGCAGUGCGAGGCGGGGCAGUUCGGCUCGCAGUGCUCCGAGCGCUGCCCGUGCGCCAACAACUCGUCGUGCGACGCGGCCAGCGGGCUCUGCCAGUGCGCGGCGGGCUGGCGCGGCGAGCGCUGCGACCGGCCCUGCGCGCCCGGCACCUUCGGCGUGGCCUGCAAGCAGACCUGCCCCUACCAUCCGCUGGCAGGGAACGCGACGUGCGACCCCGUGACGGGCAAGUACUCGUGUCCGAGUGGAUUCACGGGCGUCAACUGCGAGUACCCGUGUCCGCUCGGCACGUACGGAGAGGCCUGCGGACAGAGGUGCAACUGCAAGAACGGCGCGGACUGCCACCAUGUCACGGGCGCGUGCCAGUGCCUGCCGGGCUGGCGCGGCGCGGCGUGCGGCGCGGCGUGCGGCGCGGGCUGGUGGGGCGCGGGCUGCACGCAGCCGUGCCGCUGCGCGCGCGGCGCCGCCUGCCGCCCCAACGACGGCUACUGCCGCUGCCCGCCCGGCUACACCGGCAGCUACUGCACGCAGUUCUGCCCGGAAGGCUACUUCGGCGAUCACUGCAUGGAGGCCUGCAACUGCUCGUCGGAGGGCAACUGGGUGUGCAACCCCGUGAAGGGCUGCGUGUGUCACCGCGGCUUCAUCGGCGAGAACUGCGACCAAGCGGCCAGCGACGCCAUCGUCAUCGACCGCGCCAACGGCGGCUCCAACGCGGGCCUGACGGCGGCCAUGGUGGUGCUGGUGUGCGCGUGCGCGGCGGGCGCGGUGCUGCUGCUGCUGUACUACCGCAAGCGCGUGCGCAGCCUGAAGCGCGAGAUCGCGCACGUGCACUACACCGCGGACCCCGGCUCGCAGCCGGAGCAGCAGCACUUCGACAACCCGGUCUACACGUUCCAGAGCUCCACGCGCGACGACUCUGCUACGCUGCUCAAUAACGCGACGCACAUCUUUAACAAUCUGGGCACUGGCAGCAAACUGAACAACGCCACCGUGGAGCGGUUGAGACUGACUGCGACUAGCUCCAACGGAAGCUACGAUCCAAUGUCACUCAAGAAUAAGGAUGCUGAUUUAACUAAUCCAAACUUGUACCAUUGCAUAGAUGAAGACAAUAAGUUGGACCAUGUCUAUGACGAGAUAAAGCAUAAGGAGGGAUUCGAAAUGGAGUACGACCACCUGAACUACACUCCGCCGGCGAACACCUGGAAGCCGCACUACCAGAGGAUGAACAACGGAGUGGCGGGCCCCGCCCUCGAAGCGGCGACGCCCCCCAUCCCGCCGCUGCCCAAGCUGCACGCGGCGCCCGCCGAGCCCGACGACGAGCCGCGCGACGACGGGGGGCCCACGCCGUGACGCCGAGGCGCCGGGCGCCUCGGAGGUCUGUCGGGUUCGUCCCCGUUUCGUAGCCAUUUUAACUCAUUAUAUUUUUGAAUUACAAAGAAUCUGAAGUCGCACCUUUGUUUUAAAAUGGAAUUAUCAUUAUGCGGUUGUGAUUUUACGACAAUAUAUGAAAAAUAUUGGAGUUUUCGCCGAAAAUGUAUAGUUUACUCGGGGGCUUAAACAUUUUUUAUUUAUGUGAUAUAUUAGUGGAAACAAAUUAUAUUUUGAUACGUAUAUUGAAAGCUCCUCGGUUCCUCGAAAACCUCGGUAUUUGGUUAUAAUACAUGUAUGUUAUGUAAAUUACUCUACCGAUACUAUAAAGUGUAUUUUGAUACAAAUAAGGUAAACAUUAUAUAAGUCGACAAAUUUACUUUACAAAAACAAGAAUUAAUAUUAAGGUCUAGUCUAGAGAGUGAAAAAUAAACUUAUUUUUGAAAACGUUUAAAUCAGGCUGAGUUAACCUUAUUAGAUUUUACAAUAAAACUCUUUCUU